CGGUCCCGCCUCCCCCUCCGUCGUCUGUGAUUGGCUACCGACCCAGGACGCGGUCCCGCCUCUUCCUCUGUCGGUUGGGAAUCAAGUGGAAAUUCGGACCUUGAGCAGCGGCUGAAAAAUAGCGAAGGAUUGGAACAGGUCUUGUGUCAAGUCUAGCCGUGAUCAGGUUGAUUUCAAGCUGGCUCUGUGGACGGUGGGGCUCGGUGCUCUGGGAGCUGUGAUCAGCAGUGUGUUCCUGGCAAACACCAACCUCUUGAUGUCGCAGCCUGAGUCUGCAUUGUUAGCCUAUUUGUCAGAGGCUGAUCUGAGAACCUUGGAUCCAGAGGGACGUACGUUUAAAGCAAGUGAACUGUGGCACAACAAUGGAGCAGUAAUCAUGGUGGUCCGAAGACCAGGAUGAUUUUUGUGCCGGGAGGAGGCUACUGAGAUCUCCUCUCUGAAACCCCAGCUCACUGAGUUGGGCAUCCCUCUUUACGCCGUCGUCAAAGAAAACAUCAAAACUGAAGUGGAGGACUUCCAGCCCUAUUUCAAAGGAGAAAUCUUUCUAGAUGUCAAUAAACACUUCUAUGGGCCGAGGCAGCGGGUGUUGGGACUGAUGGGACUUGUACGCCUGAGCGUUUGGAGGAACUUCUUCCGAGCCUGGCAGAAGGGAUUCACCGGGAACACCGAUGGAGAAGGCUUCAUCCUUGGAGGAGUGUUUGUCAUCGGAGCUGGGGAGCAGGGGGUCCUGCUGGAGCACCGGGAGAAGGAGUUUGGUGACGCCGUUGACCACCAGUCUCUGCUUGACGCCAUUGGAAAGAUUAAGCCUUGGAAUGACACUAAAUUUGAGCCCUAGACUGUGGGAAAUGUUCACUGAUCAGGGAAUGGUCAGCACUAAACAAAGUAUUCAAAACAGAACUAACAGUACCCAAUGACCUAAACACAGUACCCAACGACCUAAACACAGUACCAACGACCUAAACACAGUACCAACGACCUAAACAGAGCACACAGAACAUUUGAAACGCAGCACCCAGCCCAACAACCUAAACGCAGGACACAAAACCUAACAAUCUAAACACAGCUCACAGUACCCAACAAUCUAAGCGCCACACACAGUAUCCAACAAUCUAAACACAGCACACGGUAUCCAACAAUCUAAACGCACCUCACAGUACCUAACAAUCUAAACGCAGCACACAGUACCCAACAAUCUAAACGCAGCACACGGUACCCAACAAUCUAAACGCAGCACACGGUACCCAACAAUCUAAACGCAGCACACGGUAUCCAACAAUCUAAACGCAGCACACGGUAUCCAACAAUCUAAACGCAGCACACGGUACCCAACAAUCUAAACGCACCUCACGGUACCCAACAAUCUAAACACAGCACACAGUACCCAACAAUCUAAACGCAGCACACAGUACCCAACAAUCUAAACGCAGCACACGGUACCCAACAAUCUAAACGCAGCACACGGUACCCAACAACCUAGACGCAGCACACGGUACCCAACAACCUAGACGCAGCACACAGUACCCAACAAUCUAAACAUGUCACUCAGUACCCAACCUAAAUGCAGCAUCUAGUACCCAGCAGUCUAGACCCAGCUCCACACCCACCAGUCUACUCUACCAUUUCCAGUGGCCAGCUGUCUAAGCCCUGAUCAAUUAUCUGCCCCUCAGCCACCUUUUGCCCCUGUGGUUUGCACGGAUCCCUGGCUUGUGCUGUGUUAAUGAAGGUCUGAUGGUAAAAGGUUCAAUCAGACCUGAUGCUUACAAAUCCAGUCAGGAGAGUCUGAUGCUGAACUGAAGUGGAAAUGUUGCUCAGAAUGUGUCACAACUGAAUCAAUAAAGAAAUUGGGAAACGUU